AUGGUAGACAGAGAUCCAGGCACACCCACCUGGAAGUUCACACAAUGCUUUGGCGAUAAAGGUGAUGUAGAAGAUAUCACAGAAGCUGACAUCAUCUCGACCGUUGAAUUCGACCACACCGGUAAUUAUUUGGCUACGGGAGACAAGGGUGGACGUGUGGUUUUGUUUGAGCGGAACGAGACGAAAAAAACCUGCGAGUAUAAGUUCCACACCGAAUUCCAAUCCCACGAGCCGGAAUUCGACUACCUCAAAUCCUUAGAGAUCGAAGAGAAGAUCAACAAGAUAAAAUGGUGUCGACGACAGAAUGCAUCACACUUCCUCCUCUCUACAAACGACAAGACCAUAAAGCUUUGGAAGGUAUUCGACAAGUCUCUCAAAGUGGUGGCCGAGAACAACCUGUCGAAUGAGAUGACUCCGGCCGGUGCCGUGGGUGGUGGUGGCCUGCCCCGGGCACCGCGGGGAACCUUCAAGGAUGCCGGAGCUCUGAAGAUGCCACGCCUGACACACCAUGAUACCGUCGUUGCCGCCGUCCCUCGCAGAACGUAUGCGAACGCCCACGCCUAUCAUAUCAAUAGCAUCUCCGUGAACAGCGAUGGCGAGACCUUCAUCAGCAGUGACGAUCUCCGAGUCAACCUGUGGAACCUCAACAUCCAGGACCAGAGCUUCAACAUUGUGGAUAUCAAACCUGCCAACAUGGAGGAACUUACCGAGGUCAUCACGGCAGCCGAGUUCCACCCAGUCAGCUGUAACUGGUUCAUGUACGCCAGCUCCAAGGGAACUAUCAAACUGGCCGACAUGCGCCAGCGCGCUCUUUGCGACGAGCAUGCCAAGUUGUUUGAACAAGAAGAGGAUGCUUCCUCCCGCUCAUUCUUCUCCGAGAUCAUUUCCUCCAUCUCCGACGUUCGAUUCUCACACGACGGCCGGUACAUUGUGUCAAGAGACUACCUGACUGUGAAGAUUUGGGAUGUCAACAUGGAACGUCAACCGGUCAAGACGAUUCCCAUUCACGAACAUCUGCGGCCGCGCCUCUGCGAUACGUAUGAGAACGACAGCAUCUUCGACAAGUUUGAGGUGGUCUUCUCCGGUGAUGCCGAGAACGUGAUGACUGGCAGCUAUAACAACAACUUCAUGAUCUACCCCACGGAUGAGCAAAAGGAGACGGAGAUUGUGCUGCAGGCGGAUAAGUCGGCCUUCAAGGCCAAGAAGGUCGGCGUACCGACUCCUAUGAACAAGGGCAAUGCGAAGAAGGCCGGCUCUAGGUCCGGCAGCCCUGCUGGCCCCGGCAGCCGGAUGAAGAAGGAGACCGAUGCCGACCAGAUCGACUUCAACAAGAAGAUCUUGCACAUGAGCUGGCAUCCUUUCGAGGACAGCAUUGCGAUUGCGGCUACAAACAACCUCUUCGUCUUUUCUGCUCUGUAA